CCGUGAUUGUAUUUGAAAUAUUGCGAAAGGCCUGUUUUGUCAGCAUGCUGUUCACUGACAGAUUUGCAGGAGUUCCCGACAGUAGGCUAUGCCUUGUUAUUGGGCUACACACAAUCCAGAGCUAGGCUAAUUAAAAAAAAUAAACUAUUGAUCCUCUGUGGCUAAAUUAUAGGCCUUCUCGUGGUGUAGUAGGUAUCUGAACAGACAGCAGUUAUUCUAUAACUUUGGCAAAUGUAUUUCAAUUUAUCAGGGGUGCUGCAGCUCCUCCAGAAUCCUUCGCGCGGAGAUGAUUCUAUAAAGAAAUAAAUGCACUUCUAUAAAGAAGUGCAACCCUGGAGAGAUGAGAGUUGCAGGGUCAUGUCUAUCAGAGCAGAAAGAGGGAGAGAGAUCAUAGAAAGUGAAUCUCAUUCUAGUUCUGUGAGAGAUACAGGAGCGCUACUCACACUACUCACAAAGACGUGGCCACGCACUUAACAAGAGAACAUCCCUGCUCAUCCCCUGCCUCUGAUUUGGCGGACUCACUAAACACAAAUGCUUAAUUUGUUAUUAUGUCAGUGUUUUUGAGUGCCGCUGACUAUCCGUCAAUUAAAAAAACAAGAAAAUGGGGCCGUCUGGUUUGCCUGAUAUAAGGAAUUUGAAAUGAUUUAUACUUUAACUUUUGAUACUUAAGUAUAUGUUUGAAAUUACAUUUACUUUUAAUACUUAACUAUAUUUACAUCACUUUUAGACUUUUACCCAAGUAGUAUUUUACUGGGUGACUUUCCCUUUUACUUGAGUCAUUUUUCUGUUAAGGUAUCGUUACUUUAACACAAGUAUGACAAUUGGGUAUUUUUUCCACCACUGACAAGGCCACUGAUCCAUAAUAAUCAAUGAUAAUAGUCCUAUAAGCACUACAAGCGUGCCGCUAGAGGCCAAGGGUAACCCCACACUUAUAACAAUAAUCCACAUCAGUAGGAUAAAUGAACUGCACCAAUGUUCUUGUUCCAGCUGUAUCGGUUCGAUCCUGUUCUGGAUUCACGAGGACAAUUGUCAGUCUCACACUUUUAAUUGGUUCGAUGAAACACCAUUACAUCAGGAUUCGAUGUGGUUUGACUGAUAUUGAGUCAGGGAUGUGGCAAAGCAAGCCAAACAUAUCCCUUCCACUGUCACGCAGCUAUUCUAGAGUUGGAGGGCAAGGGAGACAGAUGCAUAGCAACAAGAUGAGAGGCUAAUAAACUGUCCAGAAUAACUUAACAGCUUAACAGAUACUUAAUUGAGACAAUUACUUUCCCCUUUCAGCAGAAACAACUUUGGGUUAGUUAAUUGGAAACAUUUAAGAUUUUUUUAAACCCAGACUUUUUGGACGUUUAGGCAUUUGUGGUACGCUUAUCUUGCUGGACUUCUUAUUAAUUUCUCAUUCAGACAGAACAGAAGUAACAAGGGUAACAUACUGACAGAGUGAUGGUUGUUCAUCUUCAGCUCUGGAGCUAUGAUCUCUGAGGCUGACAGACAGGGAGCAGUUAGACCCAAGAGGUCGCCAUCAGACGGGCACAGGGAUAGGGACAGGGACAGGGACCUCAGCCCCAGACGGAGAGCAGAAGCUGACCAAAACUAUUUACAGGAGAGACAUCAAGAGGGCAUCAAUGACCUCCCUGCAGGGAAGAGACAAAUGAUGGAGAAGUUUUUCACUCCUGUUCAUAGUCCUCCUCCAGGUGGGAUCACAUCACAGAAGCACCGCCAUCACCGGGAUCAAGAAAAGGAGAUACACAGCUACAGGAGGUCACGGAACAAUGAUAGACGCAGCAGUGAACGCCACGGUCACCACCAUCACCGUGGUAACCAUUUCCAAGAUGACCAGGAGCAAUCCCAUAGACGUCACCAUCAUCAUCCUCAGCACCUUCAUCACGAUGACGAGAUGUCGGAUCACCACACCACCGUCACCCUCUCCAGAGCAUCUUCCUCCUCCCUCUCAUCUUCCUCCUCUUCCUCUUCCUCCGACUCUUCCACCGAAUGGUCCGGCAUUGACGACAAGUUCUCCCUGAAGCACGCCAGCCGGCCGCAGCAUACCAUGUCCUGCUCCAACAUUGCAGGAGGACGACAGUUCCGGGAGGAUGACAGUGAGCUGCAGGUGUAUGCCACGGUCAAACAGGGGCGAAUGCACGGAGGAGGAAGCCCUGGGACCAACCAUCGGGCCCAGGGGAGGGGAGGACAAGAGCCCAGCUACUCCGAGCUCAACCGGGGCCAUAGCCGCAGUGAAGAGGGGUUGCUGCAGAAUACAGGCACUGACAGAGGGAAAGCACGGACACCCCCACACCUGAAGCACGGAUCCCUCUACAAGACAGCCAGCCUGGGCCGUAGCCUGGCCUUCAGUGAAGAGGUCCUGGCUGGGCCAAAGAGGGCGGUGUCCUCGAUCCAGCUCCCCAGUAAAGGCAUCCUGAAAAACAAGGAGGCGCCGCCGGACAUCCGCAAGGCCAAGUCCAUGGAGGUGCUGUCUUCCCGGGUAGCAGGCAAGACAGCAGGGCCCAAGGGGAAGCAGGAUGUGGAGGCUCUGAAGGAUGCAGCCAGGCAGAGCAUGGUGAAGGGGAAGAUACAGUUCUCUGCCUUCCUGGAUGAGAUCACUAAACAGGUCAUCAGCCCCGCCCGUCUCAAUACUCUGGGGGUACCUGUCGAGACUGUAGGACCGGGUCCAGCCAAAACCCCAGCAUCCCCCAAAUCUCAACUGAAAAGUCAGCCCCAGCUUCCCUUGAAAAAGCAGGGAGAUGGGCAGGGGGAGGAGAGGGAAACGGUUACUAAACCUAGAAAACUGAGGAAUGACUCUGACACACGGUCACGGAAAAUAUCUCUCCCUACAAAGUUUGGGUAUGAAAGCAAGAACCACACUCCUUGUCUAGGCAGCCCCCCAACCCACCACUCCAGCCAACCCUACCCGCCCCACCCACCGGCUGGCUAUGAAGACCAACCAGCCUCCCUGCCUGACUUCCAGGGUCCUGUCGGUAAUAGGCAUGGGCGGUAUGGCUCCCUUCUUACAGACGGCACUGUCAGCUCCAGCCCUGAGCCCAGCCAUCACAAACACCGUAGCUACAAACACCUUGACCAGAGCCACAGGCCCACCCAUAGCCCACCUUCAUCUCCACACACCCAGCAACCCCAGCUACCCCACCGCACCCCAAUCCGCACACACUCCCCUCCUCCAGUGCCAGGGCCCGAGUCGGAGUCUCCCUCCAGCAAGUCUGACUCAUCCCGGAACAGAGACCGAGACACGGCCAGCCCCAGCUCCGAGCAGAGCAACCGCCACAACCGGUCAACCUACCGCUGGCAUCCAAAGCCACACAGGACCUUGACAGGUGACACAGGCGAACUCCAGGCACUGCAGGAGGAGAAUGCUGAGCUGCACCAGAACCUGAUGCAAACAGUGGUCUGCAUCGAGAGCCUGGAGGCGGAGCUAGCCAGGGCCAGGGAGGAGCUUAGCCACAUGAAGGAGAAGUUCAAGAGGCUCCAGGACACACACACAGGUACCCAGCACACCAACAGCCUUCUGGGGGAGAAACUGCACUCAGCGACUGAGAGCCUUAGCUCUGAGAGGAAGUAUAUGGUGCAGCGUAUCGCCCAUCUCAGCACAGAGCUGGAGCAGGCCAACGCCACCAUCGCCUCUCUGGAGAACAUCAAUGUUCCCUGUCUGAUCAAGGAGCUCCUAGAGAAGCACUUUGACUCUGGAGACACUGUCAAGCAGUUCCUGAAGAACGCCUUGAAAACCGGCCAAUCCACAAGCGACAUCCAAUCACCUGCUACAAAACUGGAGCAGAAGCCAUCUGAUUGGUCAGGUGCAGGACUCAGGGAGUUUGAGGCGGGUCCACAAAAGGUCACUGCUUUUAUGCCCUGGAAGCAGGAGGAGGGGUUUGGGGUGAUAGGUCAGACAGGAAAUGAGGAUUCUCGCCCGAUGAGUCCCCCUUUCUCCGUCGCUGACAUCAGUAUGGCUAUCUAUAAGAAACUAGCUGCCAGCCAAGCGGCAAGACAGCCCCGGCCUUCCAACUACCAACCUCACACUGACACCCCUCCCAACCCCUACCCUCUGGUGGAGUUGGGUACAGGGGGUGCAGGAGGUGCAUGGGAGGAGGGUUACCUUGUGCCUGCUGUCAAGGAGGGCAUGGCAGUUGCAGGGAGAGCAGCUGAGAGUAAGCAGGGUGCUGUUGUUGAUGUGUCCUAUCUGACGGCCCAGAGGGUUCUGGAUGACUUCAUGCACCAGCUGACACACCCAGAGGAUGGGAGCGCAGGUGGGGAGAGGGGGCAUAAGGCCAACGGGGGAGGGGGAACAACUGAAGAGAAGGGGGCAGAGUGAAACGAACCUAUGAAUUGCUGUAAUUGUAACCUUAUAUUACAUAGGCUAGGAUUGUUCAAGAUGUGAUGGUUUGUUUGUGAUGGUUUGAGGCCUGUAGUUCUGCAUUUAUUUAACAUUUUAAUGUCACUAUACAUUUGAGUGAUGGCAUUGUAAAUAUUACAUUCUGUUUCUUUCCCAAAUGUCUUGUGGUGCAGUUGUAAAGAAAGUAUUAGACUUAAACAAUUAAUUGAACUAUAUACAGAAUAUAAUUAUUAAUCCAAAUUUGCAAUGUGAUACAGUCCAUCCUUUUCCUUGUGAAGUGAUGCAGAAUUUAAAUGUUUUGUUAAUGCCUAGACAGUGAGUAGAAUUUUCUAUUUUAUAACAAUGACCGCUAUUUUGUAAGCUCCAGUAAGCCAAUGAAGGAACCUUCAUAUCUGAAUAACAUCGAUCCAGCUGGCAUUAACGUAUUACCCACUGUGUUUUGGGCUAUCAUGUCACAUGACCUAGAGUUUAACCUUUAUUUUAAGCCUUUUCCAGAAAUGAGAACUAUGAAAGCAAUUGUCUGAGGAUGGUGUCGGAGGAUGCUGCUGGACCAUCUGACAUAAAAAGAAAAGGGGACAGUUUGAUGAAAAAAUUUAAAUAAAGGUUCAAAUCCAGGUCUUGUGACAUGACUGUGCAAAACACAGGGCCCUACAUUAACGCUAUGCUGUCCAUCCUAAUGAACUGUCUUAGCUAAAACUGUAUAAAGCUGCUGUCCCCCCCAAGACUUUUGAUGUUGUAGAUUAAUAAAAUGACUAAUUCUAAAGA